UGGGCUGUCUCUGCUUGUCAAAAGGCAGCAGCCGAGCCGGAGGCACUGGGAGCGCGGAGCAGCGUGCCCACCCGCCAGACCAGAGUCUUCUUGGUAGGAAGUGUCUGUGAGACGUCACAAAAGGGCACCCCUGGACUCGACUCACCUGCCCACCCCCCUGCUCUUCAGGGAUGGAGGCGAUGGCGGCCAGCACUUCCCUGCCUGACCCUGGCGACUUUGACAGGAAUGUGCCUCGAAUCUGUGGGGUGUGCGGAGACCGAGCCACAGGCUUUCACUUCAACGCUAUGACUUGCGAAGGCUGCAAAGGCUUCUUCAGGCGCAGUAUGAAGCGGAAGGCGCUGUUCACCUGUCCCUUCAAUGGGGACUGCCGCAUCACCAAGGACAACCGCCGCCACUGCCAGGCCUGCCGGCUCAAGCGCUGUGUGGACAUUGGCAUGAUGAAGGAGUUCAUCCUGACGGACGAGGAGGUGCAGCGCAAGCGGGAGAUGAUCCUGAAGAGGAAGGAGGAGGAGGCCCUGAAAGACAGUCUGCGGCCCCGGCUGUCGGAGGAGCAGCAGCGCAUCAUCAACGUCCUGCUGGACGCCCACCACAAGACCUACGACCCCACCUAUGCCGACUUUACCCAGUUCCGGCCUCCGGUUCGCGGGGCCGAGUGUGGUGGCAGCCACCUGUCAAGGCCGUCCUUGAGACACAUGCCCAGUUUCUCUGGGGACUCCUCCUCUUCCUGCUCAGAUCACUACACCACCUCCCCAGACAUGGUGGAACCAACCAACUUCUCCAACCUGGAUCUGAGUGAAGAAGACUCAGAUGACCCUUCUGUGACCCUGGACCUGUCCCAACUCUCCAUGCUGCCCCACCUGGCUGACCUGGUCAGUUACAGCAUCCAGAAGGUCAUUGGCUUUGCCAAGAUGAUCCCAGGGUUCAGAGACCUCACCUCUGAGGACCAGAUUGUGCUGCUGAAGUCAAGUGCUAUUGAGGUCAUCAUGUUGCGCUCCAACCAGUCCUUCACCAUGGACGACAUGUCCUGGACCUGUGGCAGCCAGGACUACAAGUACCGUGUCAGCGAUGUGGCCAAAGCCGGACACAAUCUGGAGCUGAUUGAGCCACUCAUCAAGUUCCAGGUGGGGCUGAAGAAGCUGAACUUGCAUGAGGAGGAGCAUGUCCUGCUCAUGGCCAUCUGCAUUGUCUCCCCAGACCGUCCUGGGGUGCAGGAUGCUGCUCUGAUCGAAGCCAUCCAGGACCGCCUGUCCAACACUCUGCAGACCUACAUCCGUUGUCGCCACCCACCCCCCGGCAGCCAUCUGCUCUAUGCCAAGAUGAUCCAGAAGCUGGCUGACCUGCGUAGCCUCAACGAGGAGCACUCGAAGCAGUACCGCUCCCUCUCCUUCCAGCCCGAAUGCAGCAUGAAGCUCACACCCCUAGUGCUUGAGGUGUUUGGCAAUGAGAUCUCCUGACCAGAGUGGCCUACGGUGGCACCGGGGUGGGGCUGCUCCUCGGGGGCAUGUGCCCAGGCCUGGGGCUAGCUGCUGUCCAGCAGCCCUUCCCACCCCCUCUCAAGUUCAGCCCCUCCUCUCCCACCUCUCCUUCCUGCCUGGCUCAACCUCUCUCCUGCCCAAUCUAAGACCAGGUCCCCACUUUCUGCAAGCCACAGGCUGUCCCCAGUCCCUUGAGACCUCAAUCAUGAGGAAUUGCUGUUUAUUUGACAGGAAGACUCAAGUGGGGGCAGAGAGCAGAUGCUGAAGGUGUAGGCUCACCUGGGGAUGCCCCCACUACUCCGAAGUGGCUGCUGGCUGGUGCCUAGGGAAAAGGCAGGCAGGAGAAACGCACCCAUUCCUCAGGGACAGAUACCCGUACCUCCCCCCGCUCCAGGCCCACAUGUCCAGAGCCUGGUGGGGAUCUCCCUCCCCCUGCUCCACCCAGGAUAAAUAACUGGCCACAACCCCCACCUACCCUCACUUCCUGCAGGCCACAAUCUGUGGCCUCACUUCCUGCCUCCAGUCUAUGCUUUUGUGUCCCAGGACAGUGUGCCAUGAUGGGGCCUUCUCCCUCUGCCUUCCCACCCUGGCCUGUCUAGGAUACUCACUGCCAAGGAGGACCAAAAACAGGGUGACUAAGGUCACAAUUCCCCCCCUCCCACCUCUGCUGGCCAAAGUGCACUUGCCUAACCCCUCAGUGCCAACCCUCAGCCCAUCACCAUGGUAACAUUCUCCUCAGAAGUGGCUAUGGUGAGAUGGGCUUUCUCCCCAUGACUGGGGCCACUGGCCCAGAACCCACGUACUGAGAAACCCAAAGAGGGAAGAAAGCAGGGCCCAAGCAGUGGGGAUAGGCAAACCCAGCUCAGAGAAGAGUAGUGGAUGGUGGCCACAGCUGUCCCUGUCACCAAGCCAAUGGCUCCUUGGCCUGGAUCUAAGGAGUUAGUUGAGGCAGGAGCUCUCCUUCCAGCAAUCCACGUGGCAGGAUGAAUUGGCCCCCAGUUGCAGAGAAGCAUCAGGCAUUGUCCUCACCAUCCCCUGCCAGUGCCUUACCUCCCACCACAGAGAGAAUCUGCUGCAGGCUCCAGAGUCCUCUCAUUGCAGCCUCUGCCACUGUUGGGGCCUCACCCUAAGAUGGCCAAGCGUGGCACAGAGAUCAGCCUACUCUCCCAACCUCCUCACAGUCUGGAGAAGCAGUGUCCACUCUGCUUACUAGUGGGAGCCACGUCUUUUCCACCUGAUGGGGUAGAAUAGAAGUGAAGAACUUCCAGACCCCAACAGCCUAAGUCACGCUCUCCCUGCCUGCUGAGUGUAGUUCUAAGAUGGCUCUUUCCCCUGCAGAACCAGGACAUGGUUCUCUGAGACCUCAGGUGGGUGGAGGGAGAGCGGGUUGGCCUCUGAUGGCUAGUCAGAGAGCAUUUAGGGGUGGAGUCUUGUGGGGCUGGUUCCCUUCUUAUUCUCACCUCACCACCCCAAAGUCAGAAGGGGUCUGGGGGACCAGGAGGGAUCCAGUUCAAACUCCAUGUUGUCCUCUGUAGCCAGCCCAGUCCAGCGGGUGGGAACUCUUGGUCUGUUUACUCUGGGAUGAGAUUUCUAGGUGAGUGAGUUGUAGGUAUGUGCGACCAACACAGAGAGGGUCCUUUCAGGAACCACAAAGCGUCCAUCAGAUUGUUACUUGAGUUUGAGGAACAUAGCCACGUUCAAUGUCUAAACACGGAGGACUUCAUGUCAGUAAGAUACCCCCUCCACCUGCAUCUGUUGUCCCCUAAGAGCAAUCCAACCACUGCCAGAGUUGUCAGUGUCCACCUGGCCCAGUGUUUCUUCAGGUGGAAAAACAUCUGACAGCCACAUUCCUUAUUGCAGAAUGCAUCCUUAUGGCUGAAUCUUAUGUUUAUUCGCUAUGAGUUGUUUUCAGAAUCAGAUUCCAUUUUGUACUACAUUCUAAUAUAGCAGGUAGUAGGCACCACUGAUUAAGAGGUAUUUAUGGGGGGGACUUAUAUUGUGAAAAUUCUAUAUAUUAAUUAUUAUUUUUGUUGUUGUUAUUUUAUAAAUUAGGGAGAGACCCUUAUUAUUUGAUUUUAGCUGCAGAACACACAAGAAUACAUUGGCCCAGCUUGCUAUUCAGUGGGAGAAAAGGCUUGAAAAUCACCAAACUUGUUCAACCCCCUUGUUACAGAAAACUGAUGCUUAGAGGAGGGUGUGGCUCCUCCAAAUUCAUGUAACUAGUUAGAAGUAUCACCAGGCCUGGACCCAGACUUAGGAUGUAUGGUCCAGUGCUCUUUUCACUAUACCACGCUUGAGCUCAGACCCCAUUUCCUAUUCCCUCAGAAGCUGAUCUAGUCCCUUGGAGGAAGUGCUGGAUUUGAGACAGAGCAAGUCUAGAUCCCAAACCCCUGCCUUCCUUCCAUGGGCUGUCACCCUGCUGACCCAUCAGGAGGAUGAGGGACACCUCAGCCUGUGUCUCAAUGUGAAUCAGACCCCCUGCCCCCAAUGUGGCCCUGGCCACCUGGGGUGUCUGCCUCAGCCCUGUAUAAUGCUGUUGCCUUAUCAAUAAAGUGCAUUUGUCUUUGUAA